AUGAUCAGUGUCAGAGGUUUAUUUAUGGUGAUGUUUAAAAGCGCUUUAAUUGUCGCUUUUCUUAGCAUUCCAAACCCAGUAGUGGCGUUCACAGGCUUUAAAAACUGGUCUAGAAAAGCGCUCUACCAUAAAGUGGACCUCUGCACACAGUCCUGUUACAGUCAGAUCAUACCAGGACUUUAUUUAAGCAAUGCCAGAGCAGCAGCAGACCCAACCGUGCUUCGGCAACUUAAUAUCACCCAUGUACUCACCAUUGAGGCGCAUCGGCUUCCAAAAUCCACUUUUGCUAAUACAAACAUCAGUACCCUCUUCAUUAGGGCCGACGACACUCCUCAGACCAAUCUCCUGUCCUACUUCCCAAUGGCCAAUGCCUUUAUUGAUGAAGGAUUACAGAAGGGAAACGUUCUUGUCCACUGUCACUUCGGCGUCUCUAGGUCUGCCACCAUUGUUAUCGCAUAUUUGAUGGGAAAGUACAAACUGAGCUUCGAACAGGCAUUCGGUUACGUCAGACAAAGAAGAAGAUUUAUCAACCCGAAUCCAGGUUUUGUUAAUCAAUUGAGACAGUAUCAAAGAUUGAAUUAUGACGUGAAAGGCUUUCAUAGAUUUGAAGCGUACAUGAAUGUAAAUGCUAGAAGGCAUAAGUACAAAAUUGCAUCGUUGGCCGCAGUUGUUGUCGGAAUUUUAGUGCCUAUAGCUGUCCUGGUUGGUUGA